CCCAUAAACCCUUCAACAUCUCACCUUCAUUCUAAUCCAAGAAAACCUUCAAACUUAUUACUUUCACUCUAAAACCCUCAUCUUCUCCAUCUUACAAAACAAUUUGUUCCAAAUUCCCUCCUUUUUUCCACCAAAAUUCCAUUAAAACAAACCAAAUUCAAGAUGAAUAAUUUAUCAAUAUCAUCAUCCAAACAACUUUCUUUAUCACCAUCUUCAUCAUCUUCAUUUCAUCCAUUUUCCCAUUUCCAUCAAGCUUUAACAACAUGUUCAUCUUUUCUUCACAAUUUUUCUUCAUCUUUCACAAAUCAUCUUAAUACCCAUCUCUCCAAUUUUGCUUCUACCUUCUCUAAUUCCGUAAAUUCUCCACCUUUUGCUCGAAUUCCCCCAUUGACACAACAAAAAUUAAAGCAACAAAAUUGUGCUAUGUCAAAUCAAGCUAUUGAAGAAAGAUUAGCUGGGGUUCUUGUUUAUGGGUUGGUUAAUUCUAAUGAAGAAUUUGUGUUGAUUUCUGGGAGAAGGUCCAAAAAAUCAUUUGGGAUGUUUUGUAUGAAGAAAGAAGAUGCCGAUUCUUUGCUUGAACAAAUGAGAUUGAUGGACCCUGAAAUGCGCCGUGGUUCUAGUGUUGUUCCUGUUGCUUUGAACAAGGUUUUCCAGCUUAGAGUGAAGGAAGUUUCUUUCAGAUUAAUUCCCGAGUUAUCAGAGGUUAAAAAUGCUUUGCAGGUUGUCUAUUGUACUUGCAUAGCCGUAAUCAGAACAUUUAAGGAGAGGGAAAAGGCUGGAUUUCCAGAUGAGGACUUCCCGGGAGUUCCAGUUUUUCAGUCUCGGAGCUUAAUUUUGAGCAGCGACAAGAAGAGAUACCGUCCAGUUUUCUUCAGAAAGGAGGACUUGGAAAAGUCAUUAUACAGAGCUUCCAAGCAGCAAGGAAAAUUGAAUCCUAUUCUUAGACAAGGCGAUAUUGUAGUUGCUUCUCUUGAAGACAUAAUCAAAGAAAUGAAGGAUGAUUCCUCUCGAAAUUGGGAUGAUGUUGUAUUCAUACCACCAGGGUUCGACGUUUCGACUGAUCCCUCUAAACUUAAGUAGUGAUUGAAUUGUGAGUAUUUUGGUCUCGGUGUCCUUACGGCGUUUGUUAUCUAAUAGGGGGAAAACUAUUCAUGCAAUCAUGUCUAUUCUCGUGUAAUAGUUAGAAAGUUGUCAUCGAACUUGUGCUAGAAUAUUGAUGGUUUCUCUGUAGUGUUUUAAGUAGUUGGUUUACUAACCCGUUUAACAAGACUUCGAAUCUUGACGUUGUUCCUCUCUCUAAUUCUUCCUUUAUUUUAUUAUCGACAUGGCCAACUCUUUUGAGUUUUACUUGU